AUGGAGACCACCGCACAAGUCAUGGCACAGUCCGAGGCGCCAGUGGCAGCAGCCUUCAUCACACUACCAACAGAGCUACACGAUAUGGUGUGUAGCUUCAUCCGAGAUACCAAGACCAUCAAGAAUGUGCGCGACACCUGCAAAGCUUUGCGCGAGAAGACGGACGAGACAUAUCACAAGCGCAAGUUCAAUACCUUGGAGAUCAACCUCACGGUCGCAGAUCUUCGAUACGUGGUCAAGGUGAGCAAGCAUCGGCGCUACUCGCGCCUGGUGCAGAAGAUUGUGAUCAGACCUGCUUUCCUCAACCGUUUAGAUUGUCAGAAAGGAGAAACAGGCGUGCUUCUGGCGACAGCGCUCCCGAACCUCAAGAGCCUUCUGAGCAUCGAGGUCUUGCCCUACGAAACUGGCGGGAAUGCACAACUCCGAGCGAGAGCGAAUGGCCGGGUGCCAGCAGUUGGAGACCUGGGGUUCGACCCGCUCAGAAUGGUCAGACAUGAUCCAGCUCUGGUUCACGAUCCGAUAUCACAUGCUUUCUUCAUCGUGCGUGCAGCACUACGAUACUCGAAGAGUGUCGUACACUUCAAGGCUGGUACAGCGCCGCUGUCGACAGGCGAACGCAACUCGGUCGACCAUGCGGUGAUCCGAGUUCUUAACGCUGCCAUCAACAACUCCUUGGCACGACUCGAGUCCUUCCAUCUGGUAGCUGGAGCACAAGGAAACAGCCUUAACAUCGAGCUGAGCCUCGCGGAUCUACUUCGUCCCAUGCAACAACUCAAGUGUCUUCGACUUGAAUUCUGGGGCUUCCACCUCGAGUGGCUUUCCAAGACGUUCGAGGACGUCACCCUCCCUCGUCUCAAGGCGGUGCAUAUCCAGGCGGCGCGAAAAGUCAAGGCAACUGCUCUCAAGGGCUUCGUCCAACGUCACGAGAGUCUUGAGAGCCUGGAGCUGAGCGUCAUCACUUUCGAUGAUGAUGAGCUCGAUAGUGUCUUUCCUGGUAUCUUCGAAGGUCUUCGCUUGCACAAGCUCAAGCUGUCACAGCUUACCAGUGCUCACCAUGGUUUGCUGCUGCUCGGUACGACCUGCGAUAUCAUCUGCGGCACUUGCAACAAAGACCUUCACGCGGCUUGGGAGUUCAAGACUGGGCCACACUGCGUUCACAACUCGAUCGAUGUUACGGGCAGCGAGUUGGCAGUCUCUCGUGAGCUGGCCCGGCGACUCGAAGUCACCGAUCUGCUUCCAUGGCCACAGAGACCACCGCCGCCUGUUCUGCCUGCUACUCCACCAACCACGGCCGAGGUACAACAAAGCGGGUCGGAUGAUGUAGUUAUGGAGGACAAAGCUGCGCCUUCGAACGAUGCACCAACUACUCCCGUGAUCACCGAUUCCUCCGUCGUUAUCACGGACCUUGCCCGCUUGAUCCCCUCGGGCUAUAUAAGCGAUACGGAGCAAGACACCCCUACUCGGACGACGCACGGCCGGAUGGCGCCAAGUAGGAGGCCUCGCAUCCGAUCGCAGCUAGGGUCCUCUCGACGUCCAGCGAGCACUGGUAUUAUCAACCUCACAGGCGACAGCGACGAAGACGACGGUCCAUACGAUGGCUACGAGGACUACGACGAUCGAGCCGGGAUUGUGGUCGUGCCCGAGCAGUCCGUUCAAAGUAGUGGCAGGAAAUACAUUCCUAAAUUCCCGCGAACACGCGAUCGCGCCAAGGUCACCAGUUUCGAAGACUUCAAGAAGAUCAUGGACAACGAGAAUGAGGACGAGGACAUGGUCGAUGUGUCGGAGACUCUGGGCCGCUUGGAGAGGAAGAGGGCCGAGAGUACGGAUCUAAUGCGUCUACAGUCGAAGAUGAGGAAGCUUGAUGGUGGUAAGGGCCAGCGCCAGUAG